AUGGCCGCGACAUUGAGGACCUUUAGGGUGCCUCUGUUGGUCAGCACGAAGCUGAAACAUACCUUGCCAGACUUGCCAUAUGACUAUGGGGAUCUGGAGCCAAUAAUUUCUGCCAGUCUUCUGCAAGUGCACCAUAAAAAACACCACUUGACAUACGUAAAUAAUCUGAAUCAGGCUGAGGAGCAGUUGUGUGAAGCUGCUGCUAAAGGUUGCGUGAAGUCAGUGACGAAAUUUGCGGGUGCUGUCAAGUUCAACGGAGGUGGUCAUUUAAACCAUAGUAUUUUCUGGACAAAUUUGGCCAAGGACGGAGGGGAACCAUGCGGAGAGGUUUUGGAAGCCAUUAAAAAGGAUUUCGGUUCUGUGGAGAAGAUGGAGGAGCUCCUGAGCAAUAAAACUAUUGCCGUGCAAGGAUCUGGAUGGGGCUGGCUUGGCUACAACAAGGAGACUAAGCAUUUGGAGCUAGCAGUAACAUUCAACCAGGAUACACUUGAAGCUACUACUGGGCUCGUACCGCUAUUCGGCAUUGAUGUGUGGGAGCAUGCUUAUUACCUCCAAUACAAAAACGUUCGCGCAGACUUUGUAAAGGCAAUAUGGAAAAUAGCUAACUGGAAAAAUAUUGAAGAGCGAUAUAAAAGUGCUAAGCACGGGCUCUAA